AUGCUUCAGCAACAAAACAACGAACUCUCGAAUAUUUUCAUUCAAUUUCAAUCCUCACUCGCUGCUCAAAAGAUGCCAUCGACUCAAGCAAGACAAGUAAUGGCACAUGCUCUCAUCGAAACACUUCAAAAUUGGUGCAUGCAACUUUUCUGGAUGACAGUUCUUUGCGUCAUCAACUGCUGCGGAGAGGAAGAAGAGAAGAAGCCACAAAAGAAGCAACAAGAACGACCUGAGCCGAAGAAGAGGAUAGAGGAUAUUGAGCAGAAGAUGCUCCGUCACCUCACCUCGCCACUGAUUUCUGGAACACUUCGCCCAGUUGUUCGUAGAAACUCGAAGAAACGUGUGUUCUUCUCCAGACCUCCAAGCCCUCAGUUGUUCGACAUUGCCGAGGAGGAGUAG